UAAGUGAGGUUAUGAUAAUGUCAAAUAAACCGCCAAAUUAUUUCUGUGUAACAGUUCAACAGGUUAUAGUGCGAUAAAAUUUUAUAAGGAUAAAGAUCUUAAUUUUUAAUUCAUAAUAAAGUUUUCAUCAACAUGUGGGGGAAAGAUUCAGGGCAUGAACCUGGUGGUUUUGAGAAUGAAUCGAUGAUGAAUGAGAGUAUUGCACCAACAAAAACUGAAGGUGCUGGAUCUAUUCAAAGUGUUGUACCAAUUUGUGUCCGCCAAUUAAAAGAACAUCCUGGGGAAGAUUUUGCAUUAUUUGGAGUUCAGGUUCAAAUGGUAACCAUUGUGGGAAUCUUAAAAGAGUACGAGGUACAAUCCACAAAGGCUACUUAUGAAAUUGAAGAUCACACAGGACAGAUUUCAGCUAUUUGGUGGUUAGAAGGUGAUUCUACAACAACUCCAAAUUUACCUAUAGUAAAAGAAGGUUGUUACAUUAGAGUUUAUGGUUCUAUAAGAAAACAAGAAGGUCGCAUAAAAUUGAUGAUCCUACGUAUGUUCCCUGUUGAUGAUUUAAAUGAGAUUACAACACACUUAUUAGAAGUAAUUCACACAAGAUUGGAGGCUGAGAAUUUAAAAAAAAAUAAAGGAAACUUUAGUAUGAUUAAAAGAAAUAAUCCAAACUUUGAAUUAGCAAAUUCUAUGAGCGGAAUAGAUAAUCAAGAGAUUACUUUGGAUCAAUCUGGUCUUAAUCCAUUACAACAAAAGGUUUAUAACAUUCUUAAAUCCUCCAACACUGCCAGUGGUGCAUCUACAGCUAGCGUUUGCCAACAAUUCGCCCAAAAUCAACAUAAAGACGUUAGGGCUGCUUUGGAAUUUCUUAUUGCGGAAGGGCACGCUUAUUCCACUAUUGAUAAUGAACAUUACAAAGUUACCGAAACUAUGUAACUAUUUAUUUCUUUUUAAGGGCAUUUCUAAUUUAAAGGUUUAAUCUAGAUGAAAAUAUAUUUAAGAUAAUACUAUUUUUUAUGCAUCUAUAUGUAUAAUAAAUUAUAUAGUUAAAACACCAA